AUGUCGAAAAUCCCAUUCAAGAAUGAUGGUAGUUUUAUGGAACUAUUCAAGCAGAUGCAAGGUACUGGCCAAAUAAUUAUGUCUAAUUCUUCUAGCCGAACAAGAAAGAGUAUCUAUCGAGAAACCUGUUCUUACGAAUUGAAGGUGGAAAGUACUGAUGAGUCUGAAAGCCAACAAUGCAAAGUGGAGAAUGAAACAGUGCCAUAUUUCCAGUUAUUCCCGAUGAUUCAAAGGUUCUGGUGGCAAUCGAGUCGUUGGUCCUACGCGUUUCCAGCAUGUCUCACAGUCUAUGUGAAGCAGAAAUCAAAAAGUUCGAAGAUAGCAUUCAGUAUUGGUACGUUUCUAACACUUCCAGAGACAAAUGAGUACAAAUUCUUCAGAAAAAGAUUGGCUGAUGUUCGUAAGCAGAAAAUGCUCAGCAAUUCAGUCAAACCAGAAACUCCGGAUAUGUGCAAGUCAGAAAACGAAGAAUUUAUCCCAACCAAAAGACGUCGCUCCAGAUGGGACGACAAGGCUGAUGAACCUAAAAUAAGUAGCUCAGUAAAAGAAUUUCCUGAUGGGUCUUUGGCUUCUGCGAUCGCUCUAGCGAAGGCUGCUGCAGCUGCUGCAAAAACUCAAGGAACUACUUCUAAUCCAAAUCAGUUCACAGGUGGUGUUGUACUUACACCUGAGCAAGUUGAACAGAUACGUUAUCAAAAGGAACUUCAAGCUAUGCAAGAGUUUAUUUUAGCACAAAAACGAUCAAAGUCUAAGGAGGAAGAGCUUAUGAGUCGAAUUGAGGGUGUAAAUUAUGGGAAUAAAACACGAAUCACAAAGGAUGGUUUAAUCAUUAAAUACGAGUAUGAUUCCGAUGAAGACUGUGAAAAUGGAACAUGGGAGCAUAAAUUAAGACAAGCAGAAAUGGAAGCAACUCGAGAAUGGGCUCAGAAGUUGACUGAAAUGGGUCAUGGAAAGCAUCAUAUUGGAGACUUUCUACCACCAGAUGAAUUAGAGCGUUUCAUGGAAACUUUCCGUGCAUUAAAAGAAGGUCGUGAACCCGAUUUUUCUGAAUACAAACAAUUCAAGUUAACUUGUGAAAAUGUCGGUUUUCAAAUGUUAGAAAAAAUGGGUUGGAAAGAAGGUGAAGGACUGGGUGUUGAUGGUCAAGGUAUUGUUAAUCCAGUCGAUAAAGGGAACGUCCAUGUUGAUGGUGUAGGACUAGGAAUUGAUCGUCCUUCCAAGUUAGUAAAAGAAGAUGAUGAGUACGAUGCAUACAGGAAGCGUAUGAUGUUAGCUUAUCGCUUUCGACCAAAUCCUUUGAACAAUCCUCGUCGAGACUACUAUUAG